AUGAGAGCUACUGUAUUGCUGUGUCUGCUGCACGCAGCUUUUGGUCAGUAUUUCUGGGAUGAACCUACAUAUACCUGGGAGGGACCUGAAAUCCCCAAGCCAACAUCAACAAUUCCAGAACCCAGUGUGUGUCUUCAAGACCAGGCGUCGUGUGGCUGCUGUCUGAUGCAGGAGCAGGUGCAGCGGAUGGAGUGGUUCUUUAACAUCACCUCUGGAGAAAUGAGCAAGGAGCUGAAAAAAACAAAGAUGAUCCUCGACAAUAUGAGAGGCAGUCGCAGUGCCUUCUCCGUCGCUCUAAACAAUGACAAAAGUUUCAACUGCUAUGGUCCCUUCGAUAAUGACAGGUUGAUCACCUACAAACACGUCUUCAUCAACCUGGGAGGCAGCUAUGACUUGCAGAGCAGCAUGUUCACAGUUCCCCGCUCUGGCGUCUACAGCCUCUCCGUCACCAUCUACGUGGACAGUCCCUCUGGUAGCGGCAUGGCCGCCUGCGCCCACCUGCACGUUAACGGCAAAGCGGUGUCUGCGCUCCUUGAGCACAAUGGCCAGGACCUCGAAGACAGUGGCACCAUUGUUGCAGCCCUAAAGCUGAAGGCUGGGGACCAGGUGGCUGUCAGCCUGCCCAAAGGAUGUGUUGUCUGCGAUCACAGCAGCCAUUAUAACACUUUCACUGGCUUCCUGCUGUACGCUACUGACUAA